AUGUGCAGGGGCGGGCAGAGGGAGUGGGCGCGUCUUGUACAGAGUGUGGUGGGUGCAAGUCCCGUCUUUUCAUGUUUAUUGGACUGCUGGUCGUUGGCUACCCGUACACGAUGCUCUGUUUGUUUUCUGCUCUGUUUGUUUUCUGCUCUGUUUGUUUUCUGCUAUUUCCUUUCUUCGGCAACGGCAACGGCAACGCUAACGGCGAUGGCUCGAUUCAUUCCUGGCGUUAUUCGGCACCUCAGCGACGCUCGUUCCAGCGAGGUUUGGGGGGUCACGUGCGUGGGAGGCAAGCCUCCAGGCAGGCGGUCCUUUGCGGUGCAGGCGCAGAGCAGAGCAGAGCCUCGCCUGAGUAAAAGACAUGGUGGCAUGGUGGCCUGGUGGCAUGGUGGCAUGGUGGCAUGGUGGCAUGGGGGGGGUUUUUCUUUCUUUCUUUCUUUCUUCUCUUACUGA